CACCUGUCGUCCUGAUGCUGUCUUGAAGUUUCUACCAGGUUGUUGCAGGAGUGAACUGCAGGUCCAGUCCCACCUUUGGUUCAGGUUUACAGACUUUUGCAAGGGCUGAGUUGAGUGAAAGCUUCAGUUUACCCUCACACCUGCUGCAGAAGUGAAAUAACCAGGUUUCAACCAAUGGACGCUUCAGUGGUGACGCACUUGCAGCUGAAGACCAUGUUGUGCGUCCGUGACAUUCAGCUGUUCGAUGUGAAGAGUCCUGAUGAGCACCAGGCUGGACACAUCCCAGGCGCCGUCAACAUCCCACUGGGAAACCUGGAAGAAUCCCUGAAGCUGUCCCUAGAGGGCUUUAAGGACAAAUUUAAAGUGAAGGCUCCUGGGAAAGAUGACGACAACAUCGUAUUUCAUUGCAGAAGUGGGAAAAGGAGCGCCAAAGCACUGGACAUCAGCCGGCAGCUGGGAUUUAGCAGGGCGAGACAUUAUGAAGGAGGCUACACUGAGUGGGUCGAGAAAAAUGAAGAAAAGUGAACCCAAGCUGAAUUCAGCUCUUUGUAAUCACACAAACUCCAUUAUUGAAAAGCUACAAUAAAACACAAAAGAUGACA